AUGCUAGUCAUGGACGGAGAGAAUUACGAUGAAAUUGCUGACGAAGAUUUAAUUCAGGCUCUUGAUGAUUCCUCGCCAGCUAUUAAAUCAUUUCCCUUGAAGAGGCGAAGGUGCGGCACUCACAGCAAUGAAGGGACACCGUCUAGGCGUCGGCAUAUAUGUACUACUUCGGGUGACGAAGACUUCUCGGACAUUGGGACCGAAGACCUAAAUAUGAUGGGGCAGGCACAGUCUUCUAUAAAUCUAAAUGAUCGUGUCGAACCUGUUGUACCAUCGCAAUCCCAAGGGACAGAGACCCCGUCAGGCAUUAGCUCCUACGAAAAAGGGGAGUCUGACAGCAGAACACCUGGAGCAGAGAAAACACCCACGGUAUCCAAGCCUUUCCAAACAGUGAAUCAGCAACCAAUAUCCGAUAGCUCGUUCCAACAGAGCAGAGUGGCCCUAGACACUCACUGCAUUGAUGCGGAACUAGAGGGGCUUCCUUCUGACGCCUUUUCAAGUCCAGAACCCAUACCUAUUAGUGAUAGUAUAAUUCUCUCCGAGUCAUCAUCUAGAGUCCUAGGUAUAACAGGGCCGCGACAACAAUUGUUAGCUUCACAACAAGGUUUACGGCAGACGACUUUAUUUGGAGGGUCUGCUGCUCAGGCAGAGAGAGCUUCCCCCAAAAGUAGAAAGACACACAACUAUAUAGCAGAUCAAGCAGCCGAGGCGCCAACACAUCAUGCGCUAAAUAAAGAUGCACUGAGUGUCUGGGUAUAUCCUAUGAAUCUGGGAGAUAUUAGAGAUUACCAGUAUACGAUUGUGAAGAAUGGUCUUUUUCAUAACCUUCUUGUUGCUCUACCCACUGGUCUAGGGAAAACAUUCAUAGCUGCUACUAUUAUGCUUAAUUAUUUCAGGUGGACAGAAAGCGCUCAAAUUAUCUUUGUGGCACCUACAAAGCCUCUAGUAGCUCAACAGGUAGAUGCAUGCUUUAAUGUGGUUGGUAUACCCAAAUCCCAAACGACAAUGCUCACAGGGGAACAAGCGCCUGCACUACGAGCCGAGGAAUGGGCUACAAAGCGUGUAUUCUUUAUGACACCACAAACUCUCGAGAAUGACUUAGUAAGUGGGAUUGCUGAUCCUAAAAAGAUAACCCUCUUGGUCGUAGACGAAGCUCAUCGUGCAACUGGCAAUUACUCAUAUGUUAGAGUCGUGUCUUUCUUGCGAAGGUUCAACAAGAGUUAUCGUGUUUUGGCAUUAACAGCUACUCCAGGGUCUACAAUUGAAGCUGUUCAAGAAGUAAUAGACAACCUGGAAAUCUCAAAAGUAGAAAUAAGGACCGAGGAAUCUUUGGACAUUCAGCAAUUUGUCCACCGUCGGAAUAUCGAUCAAAUUAUUCUCGAUCCAUCAGAGGAAAUAAUUAUGAUCAAGACACUCUUCUCUAAAGCAUUGCAGCCACUUGUGAAUAUUCUGUGUACAGGAAACGCGUACUGGAAUCGAGACCCAAUGGCUUUGACACCUUUUGGUAUGAUGAAGGCGAGGACAGCAUGGAUGCAGUCUGAUGCAGGAAGACGGGCAAAUCCAGGAUUAAAGGGGAUGAUGAAUAGUCUUUUUACUAUUCUUGCUAGCAUCGCACAUAGUAUCAAGCUCCUCAACUUUCAUGGUAUUUCCCCAUUCUACUUUGCCAUAAAAGACUUUCGUGAUAGUGCCGAAGAAAGCAAUAAACCCGGUAAAUACAAGAAUCAAAUCAUCUCCAGUAGCGAAUUCAAAAAUAUGAUGAGCAAGAUUCAGUCAUGGUUAAGUAAAGACGAUUUCAUCGGACAUCCCAAGAUGACUUUUCUCUGCGACACUAUUCUAAACCACUUCUUAGAUGCAGGCGAAGGAAGAUCAGGAGAGAAUACGACCCCCUCUACCACGCGCGUCAUUGUGUUUGCCGAAUAUCGAGAUAGCGCAGAAGAUAUCGCUCGUGUCUUGAACAGGCAUGCCCCCCUUAUUCGAGCUUCCGUCUUUGUUGGACAAGCCGACUCUAAGCGGUCUGAAGGAAUGAACCAAAAGAAGCAGCUUAAAGCCAUUCAAGAUUUCACUUCUGGUACAUUUAAUGUAAUUGUGGCUACUUCAAUUGGAGAAGAAGGACUAGAUAUUGGACAGGUAGAUCUAAUAGUGUGUUACGAUUCCUCUGCGUCGCCUAUUCGAAUGUUACAACGAAUGGGUCGGACAGGACGGAAGCGAGCAGGGAAAAUUGUUUUACUUCUCAUGAAAGGAAAAGAAGAAGAUUCCUUCACUAAAGCUAAAGAUAACUAUGAGCACAUGCAAAAAAUUAUUAGCUCUGGCACAAGAUUUAAUUUUCGACACGAUCUCUCGGUUAGAAUUAUUCCCAGAGAAAUUAUUCCAGUCGUAGAGAAGAGGGUAAUCGAACUUCCGAUCGAAAACACACAAAAUCCAGGGCUCCCCGAGCCUAAGCGACGGACAGCCCCAAAGAAAAAGCCAGCAAAGAAAUUCAAUAUGCCGGAUGGCGUUGAGACUAAUUUCACUAUGGCGUCAAAUUUAAAUGAGGGAAAAACAGCUCGCUCUGCCCAAGACCAACCCAAAAUACGAUCCAAGAAGCUAGUGAAAGAUUUACUGGCUCCGCUUUUGCCUGCAGAGACAGUAUUUCUCCGUGCAGAUGAAAACACUGAACUAGAACAAAAAUACCAGAAGAUUGACGGUGAUGACAUGCAGGAAGUUACCAUGCCAGAGAUGACCACUCAGACAGUCUCCCAGAGAUCAUUACGACCUUUCGGAAACGUAGCUCAUGGAGUAUAUACGAAAAGGUGUGUACAGCUGUUUAAAACUUUGGCUAUCUUACAGCGCCCCGGAGAGCGUAAUUUUGAGUCUUAUAAUUGCUAUGACGCUUCUCUAGAAUAUCUAGACCUACCUACUCUGAUAGAUGAAACUCGACUUGGGUUGAAUACACAUACCCCCAAAUCAGCUAAACCUAGAGGGCCAACACCGAAAAAGUCUCGGUCAACCUCAAAUCUAGACAUGGUCAGACGAACACCUGUUACUUCUGGCAGAGAUUAUCUACUAGCUUCUGCAAAAGAGAUGGGGGUAGAUGAAAGGCCUGAGAUUUCAGGUGAUAGUACGGAGGGGGAGGGUGACGAUCUGAGGAUCGCCUCGGAGCUUUCAGAUGAUGGCACAGAUGAAGGCGAAGAUCUACGUGAUUUUAUAAACGACAAAAGUUCCCAAGUCGGAAUUAGCUCAUCCCUUGGUCACUCAUAA